AUGGCGAUCACUGUACGAGCAGUAAGCCCUGCUACAACAGUCAAGGACACAUAUCACUCAGAGGGUAAAAAUAAAUGAGUGAAUUUAAUAGCCAACUAAGGCUCACAAGACUCGCAUAAGGAUUUCGGGACAAUCAAACAGGCCUAAACAAUUCCCAAACACUUCUAAUUUUAGUAGUUCAUAACAUAUCUUAUAACAUGCAGUCUUUUUUUCUACCUAAAGAACAGAAUUGAGUUCAGAAUUGGCAUUUAUAUUUUGUUUGCUGGAAAAUGAUCCAUAUCCUAAAAACUUUUAAAACUGCCUCCAAAAGGUUAUUUCAAAAUAUCCCCAUUUCCUCAUAGCUAAAAUUUAAUUGUCCGAAUUUUCGCCGAAACCCGCUGGACAAUCAUAGUCAGACAAGCGUUCAUGUUGCAGCCGGUUCAGCUUAGAAGAGUCGAGACACGGCAAACUUUACUUUCUUUUAGAUCAUUCGAGGUUGGAAUUAAUAACAUCUCACAGUCUUACUUUGAAAUCUGACACCGUAGCGAAACCUCUUCUAAUGACUAAACGCUGAUAAAUAACAUUUUAAAAAAUGUAUUACAAGUACCGAAGAUGUUUCUACUUGCUUCGCUCGAAAAUUUUCAAAUUUUGUUGCGACAUACAGGGAUCGCAUUUGAUUGGCUGUCUGUGAGUUUCUUUGAUUAUUGACCAACCAGAAUGUCUUAUUUGUUACUUUCUUUGUGCUGAAUUAACCCUCUUCUGCACUAAAUUAGCUCUCUUCUGCACUGAAUUACUUGAAAACUGCAUUUAUCUUAAGCAAACAGAACUGAGUAAUUUUCCAAUGUAUAUUAUUAACUCUAGAAUUAAACGGCUCGUUUUACUUGGCACAAGAACGUUGCAAAUAGUUUAUUGCGUGUUUUAUUUGCAUAGUUUCCUUUCUGGCUCUGUGACUUUUUUCGAAUUUGAUUUGAGAAUAUAUCCCUAUUUCUACAUACUAAUGAUAAUUUUAUUUUCGUUUUUUUUUUGUUUUGUUUUGUUUUCUAGACGAUUUCUUGAAUGAAUUACUUUGGACUGGAGUCAGAGAUACAAAAUUGCCAAAUCGUACCUACCUUAUCGCUUCUAUCAAAUCCAAAGACGGAGAAGACAUUUUCAAUAAGCGCUUCAAAAACGAACCUUUUCUAAAACAUGCAGAAGCAGUAAUGCUUUGCGAUGAUGACUUUGGUGACGCAGUGGCUGUUCACCAUGACAUUGAAAUCACUCUGACUUUAAACUACUCACCCUGUAGUAGCUGUGCAUGUGAAUUAAAAAUUUUAUGA